AUGGCAGAGGGCACCAUGCCGAUGACCCUGCCGAAGCUCCUGGCGGGAGCUCAGCUUUCACACCUUCAAUCCCAGGAGACGUUGGGCACCGCCGAACUGCGGGAAGCGGUCCGGUGUCCGGCCAGCGUGGACGAGGACACCUGGAUCGCCGCUCAGAUGAAGGAGAUCUUCGUCGAGGCGGUCCGAAUGGUGCACUUCAUGGGAGAGUUCUGCCAUGAGAGCCGCUGCCCGAAGAUGUGUGCAGGCGACUCCACGGAGUACAAGUGGGCCGAGGAGGGCACCGCGGCAGCUCCAGAGUCGAUGCCGGCCAUUAGCUACAUGCAGCGCUUGAUCGACUGGGCGGAUCGAAAGCUCCUCGACCAGGCACUGGUGCCCUGCGACGGGAGCCCCAUGCCGGCGUCCCUGCGGCCGGAGCUGGCCACGAUGCUGCGGCGGCUCUUCCGGAUCUACGCCCACGCGUAUGUGCAUCAUUUCGCGCAGAUCCAAGCAGUUGGCGCUGAAGCUCACGUGAACUGUAGCUUCAAGCACUUUCUCUUCUUCGUUUUGGAGUUCAAGCUGGUGAGGAUGGAAGAGAUGCUGCCUUUGGACCGCGACCGCUCGAGUGUUGUGACGAUCCGAUGUUCAGAUGGGGGUGCCAGCUUGACUCCAGCUGACAAGAGCUGUAUGUUCCUGGACCCGGUGAAGACAUCCCUGAUGAAGUACCAGGUUUCACCAGGGCGAAAACAUCGUGUGCCUUGUUUGAAGGCGCGCUUCGGGAUCGUGGACGUCUACAACAGCUGUCACGAGGAGUACGUCUACUCCACCACUUCGAAUCCCAAGCGGACUCUCACCUGGCCCAGCGAGGGCCUUCACAACGGAGGUCUGGACAAUUCAGAGCACAACUACAUUGGUCAUGUCGGAGACGAGAUCCUCAACCAGGAGACCGGGAAGAGCUACGAGCUCCUUGAGAGCCUAGGUCAAGGCAGCUUUGGGCAAGUCCUGAAAUGCCAAGUGGAUCAAAGGCUGGUGGCGCUGAAGAUUAUCAAGAAUCGACCCAGCUACUUUAACCAGGGCUGCAUUGAAGCGAAUGUCCUGAAGCGCUUGAAUUCCUGUUUCGACCCGGAAGACCAGUAUCACAUCGUUCGGAUGUUGGACUGUUUCGUCUUCAAGAAGCAUCUCUGUAUUGCCUUCGAACUGCUGGAGUUGAACUUGUUGGAGUUCUUGAAGUGGAACAGCUACAAGGGCUUUGCGCUGCCCACGAUCCAAAGCGUCACGCGCCAACUCUUAGAGGCGAUGAUCUGUGUGGUCCAAGCCUCCCUGAUUCAUUGCGAUCUGAAGCCCGAGAACGUCAUGGUUGUCAGCAUGACGCCCAUCAGGAUUAAGUUGAUUGACUUUGGCUCAGCGUGUACGGAGAGCUGCCCGAGGCAUGCCUACAUCCAAUCACGCUUCUACAGGUCUCCUGAGGUGAUUUUGGGACUUCCUUAUGGCAGUGCCAUUGACAUCUGGAGUUUAGGUUGCAUCGUGGCGGAGCUGCUCUUGGGCUUGCCUCUCUUUCCAGGCCAGUGUGAGUAUGACCAGCUGCGCUGCAUCGUGAAGAUCAUGGGCUUACCACCCAAGGAGAUGCUGUCCGCGGGCAGCAAGAGCAAGAGGUACUUCAAGCGGGUCGACGAGGCCUUCGUGUCCACCGAAGAGGGUCGAGGCGGAGAAGAAUGUUGUGAAGGUCCUGCUGAGCAGGUCACCACCAUCUCCACUGUCGCCAGCACCGCAACCACCGCCGACACCGAGCUGACCGUGCAGGUCGAGGUCGAGGUAGAGCUCGAAGGAUCCCAAGCGAAUCCGCAAGGUCCUGCCCAGAUGGAUGUUUGGAAGGAGGCUGACCACGAGCAGCGAGCCACGCAGAUGCUGCAAGUGCAGGAGCCACGCAGAACCACGAGCUGGAGGCUGAAGACAGGCGAUGAGUAUGAGAACGACUCCAACAAGAAAGCAGCUCGCUCGCGGCGCGCCUGGCCCUUUACGUCCAUCGAGGAGGUGGUCAAAGACGUGCCGGAGGAGAAUCGAGGCUGCCUCCUGCAGUUCCUCAUGGGGCUCUUCCAAAUGGACCCGAAUGGGCGGUGGACAGCUAGACAGGCCUUGCAGCACCCCUUCAUCAACGAAGACGCGCCCUUCAGCGAGGGCUUCAGACCUCCCCAGGAGCUCCGCCCAGGUGCAGCUGGUUUGCAAGGACUGUCGCCCAACGUGAAUGUGAACUGUCGUCGGGCCAAGCCAGCGCCCUCCAGUACCACCGGUACGCCGGCGAGUUCGCCGAACCAUUCCUCGACGGGCUCGGUGCGGGGCUGA